AUGGAGAGUGAAAUUGAAGCUCAGAGAAAGGCCAAGCAAGAAUAUUUGCAUGAUGAAAUUAUCGGGAAAAAUUUUGAUUCUGAAACAUUUAUUUCAUAUUGCGAAAAAGUGAAGAGUUCAGAUAUUGAUAAUUGGACAUUCGAAGAGCUUCAAAAUUGUGUAGAGAAUUUUCAAAUUUUAUACUCAAAGCACGAUAGCACUUCAGAAAGUAGUCAAAACAUUGAUAGCCAGGAAUGCCUUUAUGACACAAUUGGUUGUCAAGAAUUACUUCCUACUGAAUUGACAGGCCAAGCAACUAAAAUGCUAAUCUCAAUUUCUGAUCCCGGACUAGAUAGGAAAUCAAUAUCAUAUCAUAUUGAUUACUCUGUUCUCACCUUACCUAUAGGAUGAAACGUUAACAGAAAAUAUCCAGAUUUUAUAUGGCUUCGAGAUGCUUUGGCUGUUCAAUUUCCUAGCUAUUACAUUCCAAAUUUGCCAAAUAAAAAAUGCAAAGUAAAAUUUUCUGAUUCUCAAUUAGGAAAGCAGCAAAAAUUUUUAGAAUUUUUUUUACUCUCCCCCCUCCGUGAACAAAACCAUUGGAAAAAUCCCUAUUUUUUGCCCAAAAACCCAUCCUCUCUGAGUGAACAAAAAUUUUUUAAUAGAAAAAAAUUGUUAUGAAAAAAAAAUUGAUAUAUAAGUGAUAAUUAGUAUAAUGAAAUCUCGAGCUAAUUCUGUUUAAUUUUAAACAAAUUGCGUUUUAAAACAUAAAUUUUAUAAAUUAAAAUUAAUAUUUGCUUCCCAAUUUUGCAAAUUAGGAUUUUUCUAAAAUUUUCGAAAAAAAUUAACCACUGUGAGUGAACAAAAUUUUUUUGUUCACUCACGGAGGGGGAGAGAGUUAGAAGCUUUGAAUUCUUUUGAAUUUGUCAAAAGAAGCCCCAUUUUUAUUAAAUUUCUUAAAGAAGAAAACCCUGAAGAAUUUAAAGACUUUAAAAAGCAGACUAGUAAUAAAUUGAGAAAAAGCGCUAAUUUAACAGGAAUAUUUUCUGUAGAUGGAAUGAUAAAUUGCGAUUAUAAUAUAAAUGAUGAAUUUUAUCCAAGAAUCAAUGAAUAUUUUACUCGCUAUACCAAUUUAAUUCAAAAAUUGUCUAAAGAAGCAGGAAAAAUUGCAAACCAAAUAGCAGCUUUAAAUUCUUCAAUAGUCAAUUUUUCGGAAAUUUCAAAAAGUUUAGAAAAAUUACCUGAAAUUUUUUCGCCAAAUCUAAAAUUAGAAAAGCAUCUAUAUGGAAAGGCUUCAGAGAGCUUUUCAAAAUGGGCAGAAAUAAAUAAAAAUCAAAGUAGUAUUAUAAAUCAAUAUUUAGCUGCUGUUUUAAAAUACUCAUCACAUCAGCCCUCAGUUUUAAUUGAUUUGAUUAAAGAAAAAGAUCAAGUAUAUCAGGAUUAUGUAAAAAACGCAAAUAAACAAAAAAAUCUUUUAGAAAAAAAUAAGCCAGCUGGAAAAGAUCUUUUAGACCUUAUAAACCUGACUAAGCAAAGAUAUGGCAUUUUUAAUAAUCAGUCUAGGACACAAAGCAUGAAAGUUUCUAAUGCGCUUUUACUUUUAGCUUUUAACAAUUUUUGUGAGUUCUCAACUAAAAUUAUGGAAAAUAAUACAAAAUUGCAAUCUGUUUGGGUGAUGCUCCUCGAUACUCUUGAUAACUCAAAAGCGCUUAUAUAG